AUGAUAAGACAAAAUGUUACCAUUGAUUUUACAAAAAUGAUUAUUAACAUUGAUGAUAGAAUAAUUAAACCGGAGAAUGAAGAGUAUUAUGAUUUAAUUGAAAGUCCAGAACAAGAACUUUUUAAUAACCCUAAUUUAUUUAUUACCCAAGACAGCCAACUAUUUAAUAAGAAAAUAACUUGCAUAGUUGAAAAAUCGGCAGUUAACAAUCCAGAAGUAGGUUGUAUUUUUUGUAAGGAAUUUUGCAUUCAUCUUAAAGAUGACAUUCCUAUUAGAAGCCGUAUAUAUCCAGUACUUUAUAAAUACUAUGAUUUAGUGAAAGAAGAAAUUCGAAAGCUUGAAAGAUUAGAUAUUAUAUGUAAAAGCAAUUCUGUAUACUGA